AUUUCUCCACGGAGCUAGUGUUUCUUUUCUCUUUCAUUUCUACGAAGACUUCUCGAACGUGGUCUCUUCGGGACGGCUAUUUAUUUGUAAAAGUAAUAAAAAAUGGGUUUUGUAAAAAUAGUCAAAAACAAACAAUACUUUAAGCGUUAUCAAGUAAAAUUCAAGAGGCGUCGUGAAGGCAAAACAGAUUAUUAUGCGCGUAAGCGAUUGACAAUUCAAGAUAAAAAUAAAUACAAUACUCCAAAAUACAGAUUAAUUGUUCGUUUAUCGAAUAAGGAUAUCACAUGCCAAAUUGCAUAUUCAAGAAUUGAAGGAGAUAAGAUUGUAUGUGCUGCAUACAGUCAUGAACUUCCAAGAUAUGGAAUUAAAGUUGGACUCACCAACUACGCAUCAGCCUACUGCACAGGGCUAUUAGUAGCAAGAAGGCUCCUUAAAAAGUUAGGCCUGGAUGAAUUAUAUACAGGCACUACAGAGGUAACAGGAGAUGAAUACAAUGUCGAAGAAUUAGAUAAGGGACCUGGGGCAUUUAGAUGUUACCUAGAUACAGGUUUGAUGCAUAUUGAGAAAAGUAAUUUAACAUGA